AUGCCAGCCAUCUACAAGCUCAUCCUGUUCAAAGAAUGUCAGGCCAGAUAUGCCAGAAGCUGCCACAGGAACACCUUGACCUUCCACCCACUGAAGAUGAGGUUAAGACUGCCAGAUGAACCAUGGAAAGCAUUUGGGAAGGAUGGGAUCCCUGCAGAACUUUACAAGGUCCUUGGAACCCUAGCUCUUAAGGCGUUCCAUGAUGUCCUUCUGACCAUCUGGGUGGAAUUUCACUACUUUCAAUUGCUGGAAAGAUCCUCAGGGACAUGCAUUGAACAGCAGUUGGACCUAUAUGCAGUUUUCAUAGACCUGACCAAAGCAUUUGACAUGGUCAUUAGAGAUGCUCUCUGGACUAUUCUCAGGAAGCUAGGCUACCCAUUUAAAUUCACCACAAUCUGGAACAGCGUGAAGCAGGGCCAUACCCUAGCACUGGUCCUACUACAUGCUGUGAAAGACCUCAACGUGGGCAUCUAUAUCUAG